GGAGGGUGCGGAGGCAGCUGACUACCGUCAGGGAGGAAUAGAGCAACGGGUUGCUGCUCAGGUCCAGAGACUCCAGGCUGCUCAGUGACGCCAGCUCUGGCCACAGGCACUGCAGGUUAUUCUUGUGGAGGAAGUUCUGUGGUUGCCAUGGGAACCACUCGGGUUGCUGGUCUGGUUCCAGCCCUGUGAGGACGGAGCGAACAGGAGCAGUUUGUAGAGAAAGGCCAGCCACAACUUUCCUCUUCAGAGGUCCCGACCUGCAAGGCGAGCUGGGUGAGGGGGACCCAGCUCUGCAGCCCCAGACCAAGCAAAGGGCGGAGGCUCCCACUCGCAAAAGCCCCAGCUCCAGAGUCUAUGGAUAACCUCCAGGAACAGUACUGUCACUUUUGUUCAGAAAACAUACGGAAAACUAAUCCUUUUAUACUGAAUAUACUCAAAAACCUGGAUGAAGAAAUUCAAAAGGGACUAGAAAAAGGAAUCACAUUAAGCAUUGCUGGGAACAACCGCUUAGUCCCGGUACAAAGAAUGACAGGUGAAGAUUUUUGGCUUCUUUCCAAAGUUUUAACCAACCAGUCAUUUAUCAUUGUUUAUGUUCACCUGUGUGUUUCAGGUCUAGAUGUGAGGUAUAACCUCAUAAGCGAUGUUGGUGCCUACUAUGCUGCAAAACUGCUUCAGAAACAGCCAUACAUCACUUACUUAAACCUUAUGUUUAAUGAUAUUGGACCUGACGGUGGAGAAUUGAUUGCUAAAGCACUGCAUAAAAACAGAACUCUCAAAUACUUGCGAAUGACUGGAAACAAGAUUGAAAAUACAGGCGGCAUGGUUUUUGCUGCAAUGCUGCAGAUUAACUCAUCCCUGGAGAAACUGGAUCUGGGUGACUGUGACCUGGGAUUGCAAAGUGUGAUAGCAUUUUCUACAGUACUCACUCAAAACCAAGCAAUCAAGGGGAUAAACCUGAACCGACCCAUUCUGUAUGGAGAACAGGAAGAGUCUACAGUUCACAUGGGACACAUGUUGAAAGAAAAUCACUUCCUUGUUGAACUGCAUAUGUGUAAACAUGGCAUGAAAAAUUAUGGUAUGCAACAGCUGUGCAAUGCACUGUAUUUGAACAGCAGCCUACGUUACCUUGAUGUCAGCUGCAAUAAAAUAACUCGUGAUGGAAUGGUGUAUUUGGCUGAUGUACUGAAAAGGAAUACUACCCUGGAAGUAAUAGAUCUUUCUUUUAACAGAAUAGAAAAUGCCGGCGCAAAGUACCUCAGUGAAACUCUAACUUCCCACAACAGGAGUCUUAAAGCAUUGUCUAUAGUCAGCAACAAAAUAGAAGGAGAAGGGCUUGUUGCAAUCUCACAGUCAAUGAAAACAAACCUUAUAUUAUCUAAUAUCUACAUUUGGGGUAACAAAUUUGAUGAGGCUACGUGUGUGGCGUAUUCAGAUUUGAUGAAGAGUGGUCGGCUAAAGCCGGACAAUACAGAUGUGGAACCAUAUGUGGUGGAUGGGCGUGUCUACCUUGCAGAAGUCUCCAAUGGUCUUAAAAGGCAUUAUUACUGGACACCAACUUAUGGAGAUGCCUAUGAUCAUGCAUCUACUGCAGGCUUUGCUCUUGUUCCAGUCGGCCAAUAUCUCUAAGAAACAAGCUGGAAAAUAGUUUCCACACAUUUGUCUCAUCACUUUUAGAGACUCAUAUUUUAUAGCCUAUUUUCUUCUUUUAUAAAGUAGAACAAGUUAUUUUUAUCAAAUUUGUUAAACUUUGUGUGCUUGCCCCUUGUUGAGAUAAAACAAAACUGAUUCUUAAUAUAGAGACUAAACUAUCAAUCCCAAAGGAAACAUGGAACUAUUCUAAUUCUUUUUAUAUGAAAAACAAGUGACAAUCACAAAACACA